AUGCGCACGCAACUUGUUCGGCGACAAGUGCAAGCGAUGAAGCCCUUCAUAUCAGACAUAUUUUGUGAACUUGACGCUUCCAUGGACGGAGUAGUGGAUGUGAAUGAGUUCCAGAUCGGGAUGGAGCGCAUCGUCGAAGCGAUGCGUCUUCAUAAGUUCGGUAAGAUGCCGCCCGAGCUCAAAGCCAUCUUCGAAUCAGGUCAACUCACAGAGUUGUUCGAGUGGAUCGAUGUCGACAAAUCGGGCACCAUCGACCCGCAGGAGUUCAUCGAUUCAUUAUCUUAUUUGGCGCUCCAGUCCGCUCCCACUGAGACGAUUCAGAUAUUGCACCUUUUGCGUGCGCAGGCAGUGCAGCUUGAAGAGCUUGGGGCAUACUUCAAAAAAUAUUGCCGAAUUGAUUCCUCCUGA